GAAUAAAUCAUAGAUCAUGGCCUCUGAUGCUAGUCAUAUGCUUGAAGCAGCUUUGGAGCAGAUGGAUGACAUCAUUGCAGGUACAAAGUCGGCUACAGAGUAUGCCAAUGGUGGCUAUGAUAUUGUGUCGCCUGCUCCAUCAGUAUACUUGGGCACACUUCAAAUUUUGCAUCUCUUGGAAGAUCUAAAGAUGGCAUUGGAAAUGUUAGAGGAUCCUCAAGAGAAAGAAGCAUUGCGAAGUCAAAUUCCAGGGGCCACAAUAAUGUGUAUACAGGAAUGGUUUGAAGAGAAUCUGUCACAGGUGAAUCUUCAUUCUUCUAUGAAUAAUGAAACCUAUCAAGAGAGACUGGCACGACUAGAAGGUGAUAAAGAGUCACUCAUACUGCAGGUGAGUGUCCUCACAGACCAGGUGGAAGCUCAAGGAGAGAAAAUCCGGGACUUAGAAAUCUGUCUUGAGGGCCAUCAGUUGAAACUGAAUGCUACAGAAGAAAUGCUUCAGCAGGAGUUGCUAAGUCGAACAUCAUUAGAGACUCAGAAAUUAGAUUUGAUGGCUGAAGUUUCAGAUCUGAAGAUUAAGCUGGUUGGUAUGGAAAAGGAACAGAGCGAAUAUGAAGAGAAACAGAACAAAGCUGAGUCAGUAGUGAAUCUGAUCAGUGAGCUACAGGAGCAGAUGUGUAGAAUGCAGCUGGAAAUUAAUAGUAGAAUCCAAGAAAGAAAGUCUCAAGAUAGGAAACCUGACUUGACACCUAAUGGUCCUCAAGCUAGUCCAAGAUCAGUGGUAGAGACCCUCAGCCAGAAGAACUGUUCUCAGUGUGAUAGUUUGCUACAGGAGCUUAGACACCUCAAAAUUAAGGUAGAAGAACUGGAAAAUGAAAGAAAUCAGUAUGAGUGGAAAUUGAAAGCAACUAAAGCCGAGAUAGCUCAGCUUCAGGAACAGUUAGCGCUCAAAGAUGCAGAAAUUGAACGCUUACAGAGUCACCUAUCUAGAAUGUCAUCACAUAGUGAAGUUGCAGAAAAAGAGGAAGUUUAUAGGAGAAGGCUAAAAGAAAAACAUCAAGAAGUUCAGCGCUUGAAGAUAGGAAUGGAAACCUUAUUGGCUGCAAACGAAGAAAAGGACCGUCGGAUAGAGGAGUUAACGCUACUGCUAAGCCAAUACAGGAAGGUCAAGGAGAUAAUGAUUGCAGCUCAUGGCUCUUCCGACAGAAUCGUCUCUGGUGGCAGUGAAGAGGAACUUGAGACAACUUUAAGGAAGUGGAAUCUUUUGACUAAUCCUCAAGGAGAAUUAUUUAAAACAGAGGCCUCUUCAGGAGAAUUGUCACCGGCUAUGCUAUCCCCAGUGCCACACAAAGCUAUGGAAAUCAGUGGAAGCCUUCCAGUAACUUCAACUAAUCUAACCUCUCCACAAGAAGAAUCUUUGGAAAACAGAAGUAGGGUUUCACAGAAAAAAAAGUCAAGUAGUCUAGAAGAGUUGCAGAGCGAUUCCCUGGAAAAGUAUGUAGACGGAAAUCCAGUACGGCCUGUUGUAGAACAAGAGAAUAAGCCACUUGUGAAAGGCAGCAAAUACCAAACCUUGCCAGGAAAGCUGCCUCGACCCGCACACAACGGAGAGCAGGGAGCGUACGACACGUCAAACUCGCCAGAUGCCUGUGGAGUGAAUGACAGUGAGGACAACAGCACCCUGAGCCUGCAUCGCAUCAGGAGUGUCAGUGCACCAGUGCUAGGAGAAACAGAGACUGUGGAUAGUACAGUAGUCUCGGACGACCUUUCACCUCUUUCUUCGGGCACGGAUUCAGGUCCCCAGUCUCCGUUGUCUCCAGAAAACAGGAAGAAUCCAAAAGGAAUCAAGAAAAUCUGGGGAAAAAUUAGAAGAACUCAGUCAGGUAACUUUCCUGCAGACGAUCUGGGUUUGGCAGAGUUUCGAAGAGGAGGUCUCCGUGCAACAGCUGGACCUCGCUUGUCCAGAUCAAAGGAAACAAAAGGACAGAAAAGUGACUACAAUGCCCCAUUUGCUCAGUGGAGCACUGAAAGAGUUUGUAACUGGCUUGAGGACUUUGGUCUUGGUCAGUAUGUCAUUUUUGCACGGCAGUGGGUGAGUUCAGGCCAUACACUGCUAACCGCAACACCUCAGGACAUGGAAAAGGAAAUGGGAAUAAAGCAUCCACUGCACAGGAAGAAAUUAGUUUUGGCAAUUAAAUCAAUAAACGCAAAACAAGAUGAGAAGUCCGCACAACUGGAUCAUAUCUGGGUGACACGAUGGCUUGAUGAUAUUGGUUUACCUCAGUACAAAGACCAGUUCCAUGAGUCCAGAGUUGAUGGGAGAAUGUUGCAGUACUUAACUGUGAAUGACCUUCUCUUUCUGAAAGUAACCAGUCAGUUGCAUCAUCUGAGUAUUAAAUGUGCCAUUCAUGUGCUGCAUGUCAACAGUUUUAACCCCCACUGUCUACGCAGGAGACCAGCUGAUGAGAAUAACGUUUCACCUUCUGAAGUAGUUCAGUGGUCGAAUCACAGAGUGAUGGAAUGGCUCAGAUCAGUAGAUCUGGCAGAAUAUGCACCAAAUCUUCGAGGAAGCGGAGUGCAUGGUGGCCUCAUUAUUCUUGAACCUCGGUUCAAUGGAGACACGCUGGCAAUGCUGCUGAACAUUCCACCUCAAAAGACCCUACUACGACGCCAUCUAACCACCAAUUUUAAUGUAUUAAUUGGACCAGAGGCACAACAAGAAAAGAGAGAAAUAGUGGAGUCAACAGCAUACACACCUCUAACCACCACUGCCAAAGUUCGGCCAAAGAAACUUGGAUUUUCACAUUUUGGAAACUUAAGAAAAAAGAAAUUUGAUGAAUCAACAGAUUACAUUUGUCCUAUGGAUACAAAUUCAGGUGCUACCAAUGGUACUCAAAAGAACUAUGGUGGAUACAAAGGACUUAGUCCAUUCACUGAUAGGGAACUGGAUAAACUGGAUCAGAUGGAACAUUCAGAAGGAACAGUAAUGCAAAUAGGGGCUCUUUCUCAAGGCAUAAACAAUCUUACGAGUAUGUUAAGCCAAGAUGAAAUGCUGAAUGACAACAGAUUUUUAACACCUACCUUUGAAGACUGGAGAUGAUAUUUCAACACGACCAACACCACUAAUACCUCAUGCCUGUCCAGAGGAGUGGCCCGGAGAAGCUUGAUGCUGUGGUGCAGAAAAGUUUAGCUCUUUUCUGCCAAUGAGACAUCUAAUAUGGCUAAUGUAGCAACUCUUUACAGGUAACUCUCCUCCACACAGUUUUCCCUACUAUGUAAUAUGAAAUAGGUGUUAGGAAAGAAAAGUGGUGCAAAAUUGUUUCCUAUGCAGAGUCUGGAAAGCCAAGACUGGCAAAACAUUCUACCUUUUUAUUCCAUCGUCUUUUACAUGGUAUGUUUAUGUACUGUUACAUGAAAGGUCUUUUAUAAUUCGGUAUUUUUAUAAUAAACGUUCAACGCAGGAAUCAUUAAUACUCUAUUGUAUCCUGCAGGCAAUCAUCACAGCUACCUUUAGAAAUUCAGACAGGUGCUAGGGAGUGCAGCUGUAAUGGUUUACCAAACUGUUACUGCAGUCUGGACAGAGACUCUUUCCUGUAGAAGGAUUUUAAUUUUGCAUCCCUUUCAUUACUGGCACACGCCCUGCCCUCUUGUUGUCUGAGUAUAGCAUACAGAAUAUUCAUCAAGCCCUUGAUUUUAUAAGGAAGAGGAUGGCAAUCGUGUUCAUGGAUUGUUACCCAACUCUAAAGGUAAAAGGUACUGAACAAAUGCAACAGGAAAUGUAAUGUUAACUUUAGGACUACCUGGAAAACUGAUGGACCUCAGAACUAUCUCUUUGAAUUUUUUAAUUGUGCGAUUGUUAAAUGUGUACCAACAUGUUUGUGAUCAAGGAGCAACUGCAACACUCAGCGGACAUAGUCUGCAUUUAAAACAUCGGAAUGGUGGUAACUGCUCUCCUGUGGAGUAAGCGCAACAGAAUGUGUAGUAUGAUCAGUUAUUUAACUGAUAACAGUUCCUUCUUUAACCAGAACAACUGAAUAGGUUCUUUCUGUUCUUUAACAUUUUGUCUAAGAUGGCUUGUACUAAGGCACACGUACCAGUAUCAGGAUGCUCGUAUGAGCCUUCUGAGCAGUUGAGAAAGUACUCUGAGCCUAACAUCUGGCUAGUAGGAAACAUGGCACUAGUUCACAGGAAGACAGGGAUGAUAAUUAACCUGCUGUUUUUCUGUAGUUAUUACUAAUUAAACAUGACUACAAACAGCCUUCAAGACUGGAGAUAGCAGUAGAAACAUUCUGCAACUUUUGCAUGAGAAUUGGGGAUGUUUUUGUAAGCAAUAUUAGUUAAACUUUCAGUUCUCUUUUUCACUCCAGCUACAGGUAGGUUUUCAUAGAGUACAUGCUUUAUUUAGCAAUAGGAAACAAAUACUAUUGUGCUGUGAUGUGUAAAAUGUGACUAGGGAACAUCAGGCUACUACCUUAGGGAAACAAAAGGUGAUUUCUUUUAAAAACACCUGCAAAAUAGAUCUGCUGCUUUUCUACGGAGGUAGGCCGCGCUGCAGUUUUGUAACAGAAGAAAAUAUAGCCUGCAACUUAAUAAUUUUCAAGGGUGAAAGUAAUUCCUUUAUGGCAUCAAUCACUCAUGGCCUUGUUUGACAUGCGCCUGUCAAGUGUAUUAAUAAGGUACCAACAACGUAUCUUAGUAAGUAGCGAAAAGCCAGAAAAGAAAUCUGACGGUAAAGCAAAGAGUAAGUAUGUAUAUAGCUGCUUUGCAUUACACUUCCCUUUCUGGCUGCAGGUAGUCAAUUUACAUAUUAAAAUAGCCUGAGGACAUGUAGACUACUAACCACAACCCUUUCCAAUAAAUGGGAAAUCUCAGGUACUGUUCAGAGUAUGCAGCAAGGGCUCUUUGAGAGCUAUCAACAGGUCUUCUUAAAGAUACCUAUCCCUCACUGUACAAACCUUUCACAACAGAUCUUGCACUAUAAAAUCAGAUUUUAAAAGUUAAACACAUGAUCUUUUUUGUCAUUUUUGUUGUCCAAAGAGUUAGAAUUAACGCUUAUUUUUCAGUCACUAAGAUGAAGUAAUAAUUGAAAAUCCAAAGGAAUCAGAAAUCAGUCUCCAUGCAUCAGCUGACUAAAAACAUCUACUAAAUGGUACUAAACAUACCAGUCAAUUACAUUUCUAGUCCAUUAAUGCAAUCAACACUAGUUACUAGAUCACAUACUGUAGGCAUUUAAAAUAAUCUAUCAAUCAGGUUAAUUUAUCAGCAGACUGACUUACUUAUUUGAAGUAUAAUAAAUAGAAUAAGCUGCUCUGACUGGGACAGCCUUCAUAUCACUGGGAUACUCCAGCAGUUUUGAUCUAGUAUUUGUAACUCACUGUAUCAUUGUAUUAACUUGGCUGUGAAUAUUCAAUCUACACAAUUUUUGAUUUGCUCCUCCUUAUAUAUAGUAAGAAAUCUUAAUUAGCAUAAUGUAAGAUAAAAAAGUUUAAUUUUUUAACUGUUAAGAAUAAAUUCUGGAUGUUCCUCCCUCUCUUGGCUGACUGUGUAAUGAUGCUAACACAAGUAUGAAUGACUGGUAUCUUAUUGGGGACAGAAUGGAUCUGAACCUAAACAGAAGUGAAUCCCUUUUCUUUGUAUUCUUUGUAUUUUUACUACAAAUGUAACUGAUGAAGUACCAAACUAUAUGCCAAACUUUAGCUAGUAAAUUCUGUUGGCUUUGCUUCAGAUGAAUAAAAAUAUUUAGUA